CAGGCCAAAGGUCCACUCUGUGCCUCUCCUGAGUGACUCCUCCUUGGAGAGAUAACCAGCUCUCCAGCCUCUCCGGGAUCCAGCUUCCGCUCUGCCCCGGUCUGAAGCCUCGCAGAUCUCCGGAAGACUCGACUCCUGUGGCCAGUCCAGAGGGAUCUGCAGCGAGGGGCUUGUAACUUGACAGGACUGGCAGGAAACUCUUAUGAAGGUAGUACACAAAGCAGAAGCCAACAUGGAGAAUCACGUCACACAGAUUUCCAGAGAGGACCUGGAAGAUCUCAGGGAGGCCUUUAAUAAGAUUGAUAUCGAUAACAGCGGCUUCGUGAGCGACUUCGAGCUGCAGGAGCUGUUCAGGGAGGCCAGUUUCUCCCUGCCGGGGUACAAGGUGCGAGAGAUCAUGGAGACCUUCAUUGCCGGAGACACCAACAAGGACGAGAAGAUCAGCUUCGAGGAAUUUGUCUCUAUCUAUCAGGAGCUGAAGAGCAAGGAGUUCAGUGAGACGUUUAGGAAAACCAUCUCAAGGAGGGACGGGAUCCGGUCCUUUGGUGGAACGUCGGGGAAUUCCAGCGAGGGAACGCAGCACUCCUACUCUGAUGAGGAGAAGGUGGCGUUUGUCAACUGGAUCAACAAAGCCUUGGCCAAAGAUCCAGACUGCCAGCAUCUGCUGCCCAUGAACCCCAACGAUGAAAGCCUCUUUGCCUCUGUCCGUGAUGGCAUCCUGUUAUGCAAAAUGAUCAACCUGUCUCAGCCUAACACGAUCGAUGAAAGAGUCAUCAACACUAAGAAACUUACCACCUUCACAAUGACAGAGAAUCUGGUCCUGGCUCUGAACUCAGCCUCUGCGAUCGGCUGCAUGGUGGUGAGCAUUGACGCCCAUGAUCUGAUGGCUGGGAAGCCUCAUCUGGUCCUGGGACUGUUCUGGCAGAUUAUCAAGGUUGGCCUCUUUGCUGAUAUAGAAGUCAGCAGGAACGAAGAUCUGAUCGGCCUUCUGUCAGACAAGGAGCACCUGGACCACCUGAUGUCUCUCUCCCCUGAGGACCUGCUGCUCCGCUGGGUCAACCAUCAUCUACGCAACGCAGGAACAAGCACCAUCGGAAACUUCAGUGAAGACAUUAAGGACUCUCGAGCCUACUUCCACCUGUUGGACCAGAUUGCUCUGCAAGGAGAGCGCGACUACAAAAUGAAUAUUAAGAUCGAUAUGAGCGGCCUCCAAGAGCGUAAUUUGGACCGGAGGGCUGAGCUGAUGCUGCAGCAGGCGGCCCGCAUGGACUGCAGGCAGUUUGUCUCUCCUCAUGACGUCACAUCCGGGAACAGCAAACUCAACUUGGCCUUCGUAGCCAACCUGUACAACAUGCACCCUGGUGUGCAGAAGGGUCAGAUCAACGGCAGCAGCGUCAACAGCAUCGACCUAGCACACAUAGAACCUGAGACCAACGAGGAGAAGACGUUUCGAAACUGGAUGAACUCUCUGGGCGUCUCUCCACAUGUCAACCACCUGUACUGGGACCUGUGUGAUGGUUUGGUGAUCAUGCAGCUUUAUGAGAAGGUUAAUGUGCCGGUGAACUGGAAGAAAGUCAACCAACCGCCUUAUCCUGUCCUCGGGACCAAUAUGAAAAAGCUGGAAAACUGUAACUACGCCGUGGAGCUGGGCAGGGAUGUGGCUCACUUCUCUCUGGUUGGCAUCGGAGGAGAGAACUUGAAUCAGGGGAGUCGGAUACACACCCUGGCGCUGGUCUGGCAGCUGAUGAGGAGGUACACAGUGUUGGUUUUGUCAGACCUGGGUGAUGGAGAGAAGGUUGGAGAUCAGAUCAUCCUCGGCUGGGUCAACACCACCUUGAGCCAGAAACGCAAGGACACACAGAUCAGCAGCUUCAAGGACAAACUGAUCAGCACCAGCCUGCCUGUGAUCGACCUGAUUGAUGCCAUCGCUCCCGGAAACGUCAAGUGGGACAUGGUGAAGAGAGGAGAGAAAGGAUGGAUGAAGGAGGCAGACAAGCACAACAACGCCAUGUAUGCGAUCUCAUUGGCUCGUAAGAUCGGAGCACGUGUGUACGCGCUGCCUGACGAUUUGGUGGAGGUGAAUCCCAAGAUGGUGCUGACGCUGUUCGCCUCCCUCAUGGGCCACAGUAUGAAAAAGGCCAACCGCUGAAACAGACAUGAACAAACCACCUGGAAACCAACCACCAAUAUACAUUUCAUUUCUAUGCGUUCUCCAUCAAUCUUUUUCUCAUCAUUGUAAUUUCUUUCUUUGACCUUUAACCUUGCUGUGAUCACCAACAAAGUCUGUUAUUCUAUCUCGGUUUUCAUGCAAACAAGACGACGAACGCAAAGACGAAAAUCAUUUCCCAUCAGCAAAACCGCUGCAUUUGUUAUCUGUGAUUUUGUCGAACAAGCUCCUAAUUGUUCUUUGUUAUAUUAUAUUUAAUAGCGCAUUACAUCUGUUUACUUCUUUUUCUAUAUGAACAGAAAAGGAGGAAUCAUACAUACACAUAUGUCUGUAAAUGUUGUGCAUUGAAUAUUGCUAUUUAAUUAUUAAAGAGAAUCUAUUAAACGUACUGAGCAGCAGCGUAUGUGUGUGUUGUGUC